GCCGGCGAGCCCAAGAUGGCGGCGCUGGGGCUGCUGCUGCAGGCGGCGGGGCCGCUCCGCCUGUGCCGCCCGCCCCGCGGGCUCUGCGCGGCCCCCCGCGCGCUCUGCUCCGCGCCCAACGGCCCCGCCGAGCCCCGCCGCGACGAGGAGGACGAGGAGGAGCCCGACGCGGCGCAGGAUUCCAGAGACUUAUUAAAGGAAUUUCCACAGCCUAAAAACUUGCUCAACAGUGUGAUUGGACGAGCCCUGGGCAUUUCCCAUGCAAGGGACAAGCUGGUCUACAUCCACACUAAUGGGCCAAGGAAAAAGAAAGUCACUCUGCACAUCAAGUGGCCCAAGAACGUGGAGGUGGAGGGCUAUGGGACCAAGAAGAUCGACGCGGAGCGGCAGGCGGCCGCCGCGGCCUGUCAGCUCUUCAAGGGCUGGGGGUUGCUGGGCCCCCGGAACGAGCUCUUUGACGCUGCCAAGUACCGGCUCCUGGCGGACCAGCUGGGCUGUCCCGACGAGCGCUGGUGCUCCGAGGGCAAGUGGCGCUCCAAGUCCGGGCCCUCCCUGGCAGACCUGUCCACCUGCUGGCGGAGGAUGGAGCCCGACGACUCCAUCCAGCCCAUGGAGCAGGGCAGGAUGCCCAAAGCCAUGAGGAGGGAAGAGCUGGAGGAGGGGGAGCUGGAGGAAGGGGAGCUGGAGGAGGGGGAGCUGGAGGAGGAGGCGAUCGAUGUCUCCGAUUACCUGCCCAUGGCACACCAGGACGCCCGGACCCCAGGCAGGGAUGCCAGCCGAGGAGGGAGUUCCAUUGAGAUGACCGACGACAACACUGCCAUCCGUGCCCUGACGCAGUUCCCACUGCCCAAAAACCUCCUGGCCCAAGUGAUUCAGAUUGCAACCUCUUCCUCCACAGUCAAGGAGUACAUGCAGUUCCGCACGGUGGGCACCAAGACCAAGAUCUGCAAGCUGACCCUGCGCUGGCCCUGCCCCAUGACCUUCGCUGCCAAGGGCCGGCGCAAGGUGGAGGCAGAAAACAAAGCAGCAGCUCUGGCCUGUCAGAAGCUGAAGAGCCUUGGCUUGGUGGACAAGAACAACAACCCCCUGAGCCAUGCCAUGUACAACAUGACUUCCCUGCGGGAGCUGGGGGAGAACCAGAGGAAGCCCUGCCACAUCAAAGUCCCCGAGGCCACCCUGCGCAAGAUCGAGAACUACCUGAACCACUAUCCCGUGGACAUCAGGGAGUCCCGGCCCCGGAUUGCCGAUGACAUGAUGAACCUGACCAAGGAAUCCGGUGCGAUAAGCGACGCCAUCACGGGGAAGACCUACAUCCCCAUGCUGGAGGCAGAGGAAGUGCGCCUUAGCCAGAACCUCCUGGCCCUCUGGAAAAGGAGAGGAGCCUCCUGGCAGGAGAGCCACCCACUGCCAGUAGACCCCCACAAGGACACCAUCCUGUCAGCCAUCGAGCAGAACCCCGUGGUGGUAAUAGCGGGAGACACGGGCUGCGGGAAGACCACGCGGAUCCCGCAGCUGCUGCUGGAACACUACAUCCUGGAGGGCCGCGGCGCCCGCUGCAACGUGGUGAUCACCCAGCCCCGCAGGAUCAGCGCCAUCUCCGUGGCCCAGCGCGUGGCACAGGAGCUGGGGCCCAACAUGAGGAAGAACGUGGGCUACCAGGUGCGGCUGGAGAGCAAACCCCCCGCCCGGGGAGGGGCCCUGCUCUUCUGCACCGUGGGCAUCCUGCUCAGGAAGCUGCAGGGCAACCCCAGCCUGGAGGGCGUCAGCCACGUCGUGGUGGACGAGGUGCACGAGCGAGACGUCAACACCGACUUCCUGCUCAUCCUGCUCAAAGGCAUCCAGAAGCUGAACCCCGACCUGCGCCUGGUCCUCAUGAGCGCCACGGGGGACAACCAGCGCUUCUCCCACUACUUUGGGGACUGCCCUGUGGUCAAGGUGCCGGGCUUCAUGUACCCGGUGAAGGAAUACUACCUGGAGGAGAUCCUGGCCAAGCUGGGCCGGCACCGACACCGGCACUACGAGAUCAAGCAAUCCGACGAUGAGUGUGUGCUGGAUCUUGACCUGAUCACCGACCUCGUGCUCCAGAUCGAUGCCCACGGAGAGCCAGGUGGGAUCCUCUGCUUCCUCCCUGGCUGGCAGGAGAUCAAAGGGGUGCAGCAGCGGCUGCUGGAGAUGCUGGGCUCGCAGAACAGCCGCUACCUCGUCCUGCCAGUGCACUCCAACAUCCCCAUGAUGGACCAGCAGAACAUCUUCCAGAGGCCUCCUCCUGGCGUCAGGAAGAUUGUCCUGGCCACCAACAUCGCGGAGACCUCCAUCACCAUCAACGACAUCGUGCACGUGGUGGACAGUGGCACGCACAAGGAGGAGCGCUACGACCUCAAGACCAAGGUGUCCUGCCUGGAGACGGUGUGGGUGUCCAAGUCGAACGUGGUGCAGCGGCGGGGCCGCGCCGGCCGCUGCCAGUCGGGCUUUGCCUACCACCUCUUCCCUCGCAGCCGCCUGGACAAGAUGCCAACUUACCAGGUGCCAGAGAUCCUGCGCACCCCCCUGGAGAACCUGGUGGUGCAGGCCAAGAUCCACAUGCCGGAGAAAACGGCAGUUGAAUUUCUCUCCAAGGCUCUGGACAGCCCUGACAUCAAAGCUGUGGAUGAAGCCGUGAUCUUGCUGCAGGAGAUUGGAGUGCUGGACCAGCGGGAGGCCCUCACCACCCUGGGCAAGCGGCUGGCCCAGAUCUCCACAGACCCUCGGCUGGCCAAGGCCAUCGUCCUGGCCUCCAUCUACCGCUGCCUGCACCCCCUGCUCGUCAUCGUGUCCUGCCUCACGCGGGACCCCUUCAGCAGCAGCCUGCAGAACCGCGCCGAGGUGGACAAGGCCAAGGCCGUGCUGAGCCGGGAGAGCGGCAGUGACCACCUGGCCUUCGUGCGGGCCGUGGCGGGCUGGGAGGAGGUGCUGAGGCGCAGGGACAGCCGUGCCAGGGACAACUACCUGCAGGACUACUACCUGUACGGGCCCAGCCUGCGCUUCAUCAACGGCCUUGUCAAGCAGUUCUCUGAGAACCUCUACGAAGCCUUCCUGGUGUCGUCCCCGUCUGACUGUACCAUGCCAUCAUCCGUGUGUAACCAGUACAGUGAAGAGGAGGAACUGGUCAAGGGAGUCCUCAUGGCUGGGCUCUACCCCAACCUCAUCCAGGUGAGACAAGGCAAAGUGACCCGCCAGGGGAAGUUCAAACCCAACAGCUACGCGUACCGGACAAAGGCCGGCACCGUCCUGCUGCACAAGUCAACCAUCAACAGGGAGGCCUCCAAGCUGUACAGCCGCUGGCUCACCUAUUUCAUGGCUGUCAAGUCCAACGGGGGCGUGUUCGUGCGGGACUCGUCCCAGGUGCACCCGCUGGCCGUGCUGCUCAUGACCGACACCGACAUCCACGUCCGAGAUGACGGCUGGAGAGCCACGGUGUCCCUGACGGACAGCGACCUCCUGGUGCUGGAGGGGGACUCCUACACCAUCCGCCUGCUGCGCGACUUCCGCGUGUCCCUGUCCAAGAUGGUGGAGACGUGCCUGUGCUACGAGAUGGCCGCGAUCCCCGGGGACCUGCACCACCAGCACAGCCAACUGCUCGACAUCCUGGUGGAUCUGCUCAAGGGCCCUCCCGGCAGCUUUGGCUCGUAGGCGGAGCUGGAGGCUCCUGUGGGGACUUGUAAUUUGUAUAAAGAUGUUCACAAAUGUUUAUUUAAAUAAAGUUCUAUUUAUCCCUUGUGAA